AUGGCAACUAGCACCUAUGAUUUAGUUGAUCGAAAGCAUUUCUUGUAUGCCAGGAUCAUCAAGGCUAGAGACCUUCCUGCAAAGGAGAUAACUAGUGGAAGCUGUGACCCUUAUAUUGAGGUGAAGCUUGGGAAUUACAGAAAAACUACUAAACGCUUUGAGAAGAAUUCUAACCCUGAGUGGAAUCAGGUGUUUGCAUUCUCAAAGGAGAGGCUGCAGUCUAGUCUGGAGGUGGUUGUGAAAGAUAAAAGCUUUACUAAGGAUGAUUUUAUUGGGAGAGUUAUCUUUGAUUUGAACAAAGUGCCCACAAGGGUGGCGCCCGAUAGCCCCCUGGUGCCUCAGUGGUACAGGUUGGAGGACAAGAAUGGAGAAUCGAAAGUGAAAGGUGAGUUGAUGUUGUCUGUGUGGAUGGGUACACAGGCAGAUGAGGCAUUUCCAGAAGCAUGGCAUUCUUAUGCAGCUACAGAGCACAGUGAUGUGUUGGCCAAAAUAAUGUCAGUACUGUCUGAACUUGUAUCUAUAGGCCAAUGGUUUGAUGAUAUACGCAAUUGGAAGAAUCCUAUUGCUACUGUUUUGGUGCAUAUCUUGUUCCUCAUUCUUGUCCGGUACCCAAACUUGAUAUUGACAUCAAUUUUCUUGUGCAUGUUCCUGACAGGCAUUUGGCAUUAUCGAUUUAGGCCUCAGAAUCCACCCCAUAUCGUUAGUCCAGAUGAAGUGGAUGAAGGAUUUGAUACAUUUCCCGGUUGCAUGAAGGCUGAAAUUGUGAGGAUGCGCCAUGAGAGGUUGAGAAUUGUUGCAGGUAGGAUACAAACUGUAUUUGGAGAUUUGGUCACUCAAGGAUUAAGGUUGCAGUCCCUCUUGAGUUGGAUAGAUCCUCAUGCUACAACUAUAUUUAUCACCUAUUGCUUGCUGGCUUCUGUACUUACCUAUGUUAUCCCUUUCCAAGUGGUGGCAGUGCUUGUUGGUGUGUAUUUGCUGAGGCAUCCAAGAUUUCGUAACAAGCUUUCCUUCUGAUAAUAGAUCAUUGAGUAUGAUAUAAAAUAUUA